GCCACUGGAGGAGUGGUGAGCGUGUUCCCUGCCCUACGCCACCUGCUGCCCAAGUCCUCCACCUUCCAUGUGGUAAUGGACGUGAUGUUCUCCGUCCGGGACUUCAUCAAGAGAAGCGUGCAGGAGCACCGAGAGACGCUGGACCCUCACUCCCCCAGAGACUUCAUGGACAUUUACAUCAAUGAGAUCAACAACACCUGUCACAACAGUCACAACACCUUUACAGAGAAGCAGCUGGCUGGGCUGUGCAUGGACCUGUUCACCGCCGGGUCGGACAGCAACUCCACCACCCUGUGCUUCGCUGUGCUCCUCGCCACCCUCCACCCGGAGGCCCUCGCCGCCCUGCACCACGAGCUGGACCGUGUUGUGGGCCACGCCUGUCUUCCCGGCCUCGACCACCGUGCCAAGCUGGUGUACGUGGAGGCGACCUUGAUGGAGGUACAUCGCAUGCGUGCUGUGACGCCCAUCUGUGUACCUCACUGUGCCCUCAGGGACACCACACUACAGGGCCGACGGAUCCCUGAAGGGACGACGGUGUUGUGUAACCUGUACAGCGUGCACAUGGACCAGGACUACUGGGGCGACCCCGACACCUUCCGCCCAGAGCGCUUCGUCAACCCUGAUGGCUCACUGCGCAGGGACGAGCGGCUUAUUUCCUUCGGCAAAGGUCGGAGAAUGUGUCUGGGGGAGCCUCUGGCCAGGAUGACAACUUUCUUGCUCUUCUCGGCCCUAAUGCAACGCUUUACCUUCAGCCUGGACCCCGAGGUCCCUGUGCCCGACACGGAGGGCAAGUUAGGGUUCGUACUCUUGCCCCCAGAGUUCAAGGUAUUCGCCAGAUCCAGGUUCUAGUUGAAACAACCUCCAAAAGGAAAUUGAAAAUUAACACACCAUUCUGUCAUAAAGCACGAGUAUAAAAAGUUAUGACAUUUUAGAACCGAGAAUCAUAUGUACGGGCAGCAUAAAACAUCCACUAGACGACGACAAUGAUGAACACUCCAUUGUAAACUAUGUGAACAAGAGCUGGGACAUACUCUCCAACAAUAUAUCUGUGAUUGCCCUGUUAUAAGUGACUUCAGACCUAAUGGUAUGAGGUACUUUGAGCUCUGUAAUUACUUCAUUCACU